UCCCGCACGCAACGGUCUCAGCAAUGAGGUGCUAAGUGGAGCGGGGAGAAUGAGGAUUAAUCCUCUAAAAACGCAGUGACUUUGGGGAAAAAAUGACUUUACUUGCGAUGUUUUGGAUCUUAUUAGUUUGUUUAUCAGGUUUGUCAGUGCGGAUGUGCGGCAGCGUGCAGGUCACCGUACACGAGGACAGGAAGUACGCCAUGCUCUUCCAGUCAGUAGUUCUGCCAUGCCAGUACUCCAGCGCCUCCAGUCAGACGCCUGUGGUUCAGUGGUGGUACAAGUCUUACUGCCGUGACCGCACCUAUGACGCCUUCAGCUUCCACAAGAGCCUGGGGCUGCAUGCCUCAGAGCUGGGCCCCACCUCCCACCUAGACUGCUCUGACAGCAGCCGAACAGUCCGGAUCGUGGCCUCGGGACAAGGCCACUCCCUGACCCUGUCUGAGUACUACAAGGGACGGGACAUCUCCAUCGUCAACAAAGCUGACCUGCACAUCGGCCAGCUGCGAUGGGGCGACAGUGGCAUGUACUACUGCAAGGUGGUUAUCUCAGAUGAUCUGGAGGGCCAGAACGAGGACCACGUAGAGCUGCUAGUGCUGGGUCAGGUAGGUCCAGUGGACGAUCUCCUGCCUGGGUUUGAUAUGGAUGUUAUGCCAGAGUGGCUCUUUGUGGCCGUGGUUCUGCUGGGAGGCCUGGCCCUCAUCCUGCUGGUGGGCAUCUGCUGGUGCCAGUGUUGCCCUCACUCCUGCUGCUGUUACGUGCGCUGCUGCUGCUGCCCCGACACCUGCUGCUGCCCACGGCACCUGUAUGAGGCAGGAAAGGUUGCAAAAACCAUGGCGUCGGCAUCGCUACCCAUGCACCCCGCGUUCUACAUGCCCAACGUACCCACAAUGGUUUCCAUCGCACCCCCAUCUCUCAUCGAAUCCAAGAUGGCGCCCACUCCUUCCCUGGAGAACAACAUGCCUGCGGACUUCAGGGGUUAUCGAAUGCCGAUCAAUAAGGAGCAGGACUCCUUGAAUGUUCUGUAUCAUGUAGAGAAGGAGCUUGCCCAAUUUGACCCUGCCAAGAGGUCCUAUAAUCAAUCCUGCAGCAUGUCGGAGCUCAGCUCCCUCCAUGACGGCGAGCCUCCUUUCCGGCAGGCCUACCGGCAGGUCCAGAAGGCAGCCCUGCCCCCUGUUGCUGGCAGUCGCGACCGCCUAGACCUCCAGGAUACCAUGUCCUCCCAGGCCUUGCAACCGAACCACACCUUUAACCGCAGCCGCUGGCCAGAGGACCAACACCAAGCCAGGUGGAAGCCUGCCUCAGAGCACCUGCAGAGGAAGACGUUUGGUGCCCGGGGGAGGACAGGCUCUCUCGACGAACUGGAGGAGUUCGCCCUGUCCUAUGACCAACGCAGACGACGGGGGGCGUCCCGAGAGCUGGAGCGGGAACACGAGUCAGAGCCACGGAGCCGAAAGCUGUACCACCCCCAGGGGGAAGAGGAGCAGCUCCAGCGCAUAGAGAAGCCCCCAGACUCCUGGAUGGAGAGGAACCAGUUACCCUCACAUAGGAAGAAUCAGGAGCGAGACUGGGAACGCAGGGGGAACGGCCACAGCCCCCCACCGUCACCCAAGAAGAGGCGAGAUAUCGGGAAUGGCGACCUCCGGCGUUCCCGCCGCGGCCGAGAAUACAACGAUGCCUACCUGAGCAGCCUGCUGGAGCGCAAGGCACGGCAGGCGCGUGCGGGGCACACCGAGGAUGACAGCGGCCAGAGCGACACACCCUCCAGGGGCAGCUCCAAGAAGAGCAGUAGCUGCUACCACAGCCAGUCGCCCAGCAACCGGCCCAACGAGGAAGACGAGGAUGCUGGGGAUGAGGACUUGCCUCCCCCUUACUCGGAACGGAGCGUGGACCCUGCCAUGAGGCCUUUCUCAUAUGGCCGUCCGACCCCUGGCCUGAAACGGCCCCCACACGAGCGCAGGGAAGAGCGGGAGAAGCUCCGCAAAGUGAACACUCUCCUUAGCAGAGACUCUCUCGUAGUGUGAAGGACUCAGAUGCUGAUGAUCAGAGCAAGCACUCACGGCACAGGCAGCAGACAGGACGGGUCCCACAGGCCUCUCAAGACCCAGGCGGCACUACCGUUACGAGCGGGGGGGAGGGAGGGGGAGGGUGGGCUGGCGGAUGGCAGUCCCUCUAAGAACCGGGUCACUCAGGGAAGCCUUCCUCACACACCUGUCUAUGUGUGCCUGACUGUAUGUCUGUGUGUGCACAUGUACAUGCAUGCAUGCCUGCAACAAAAACAUAGGCCCCUCAGUUCUGUCCCGCCAACUCUCAUGGGUUUUGUUACUGUUCAGCACUGAAUGGCGUAACUCUUCAACACUAACCAUGAUGGGAAUGGCGCCACCCUGUGGUCAGUCUUCCAAAUACGCAUUGUUACAACUUGGUCAUUAUGGAGUAACCACCGCCCAGACUACAGGAGCCACCUCAAUGGAACGACUACAGGAGACAUAGUGUCUUUAGACUGUACAGGUGGUUUUCUAUAGGCAUUUGAUGCUGUUUGAUGUUCUGAAAACUACAUUGUGCAUCAAAGAGUGUCACCCUGAAACCACUGAAAAGAAAUAUCAGCACCCUGAAGCCUCCAGCCAACGACCUGAAGAUGCUGCUGUUUGAUAUGAAUGAUGUUUGUUCAGUUUUUGCUGUCAACUGGCCUCCAGUCCUCAGCCAAGAUGGAUGUAAAUUAUGAAACGAGCUGAGUGUUUAUUUUAGAUAAAUUUCCUUUGCUGUGUAAAUUGCUGUGUUUUAAUCACUACCCUUAUCAGUUUAAACCAUGUAGCACACAUGUAAGGCCACAGACAGUGUAAACACACCUUAAAUGAUCAAAGUACUGUAUCUGUAUGUACUGCUCUCUGUGAAUGGCUGCCCUCUUACACACACUGGCUUUAACUUGCUUUGGGCCAGCGGUUUGAGCACCUAAGAGGCUAGACUGGUGUUUGGGUGAUUGGAGUCCCUACAAGGAGCUUGGAGGACUGGGUCUGGGCGGGAUGCUGAGGAGAACCAUGUGAUACAGGAAGAAUGGGAGAAUCAGGGACUUUUUUUUGGGCCUGGGAGUAGAGUCUGUUCAACUGAAGGACUGAAGACGGCUGUUCUGAUCAGUAAAAUGAAACCGAUCUUGGGAAAGACCAUAGCUGGUGUUUUUACAUAUAAGAAUGACUGUACAUUAGCCUAUGAGUUUCAUGCAACAAAAGUAUAGGGUUCAACAAAAAACUGGACCUGAUCCUAACCAAACUUUGGUAGAGUUCCAGUUGUUCAAAUAGGUAAAAUGGUAAGCUUCCCUUAAGAUAUGAGUCACCUUUUCUAAAGCAAACAUUUAAUUUGCUGAGUGUGCAGCCCUAUAUGCAACCAGCACGGAGACUUAAUGGGCUUACUGUCAUGAUUCCUGGCUUGACGGUGGUCUUUCAGUCCUGUGGAGCGCUGGAGGUUGGCCAGCUUUCUGCCAAAGAGGGUUUCAUUCCGGAUGAGUCAUGAGCAAAGGGCCAUUGUGCAUUGUAUUCUCGCAAUCCGUGUGACUAUCUGAGAUGUACACGGAGAAACUGGGGUUUGCGUGAACACGUACGGCGGAGUGCAGUACAAUCUGCGAUAAAUACAAAACACAUAAUUUAGUGAGGACGGAUAGGCACGUAGGUAGACAUUUACUAAUGCAGACUUUUCGUUUGCGUUUUAUUAUCAAAGUUUAAUUUCUGUAACAAUCUCUUAAUAAAAACUAAAUACCUGAAAUUCCCCAUGUACCUCUUUGCUGAUUAGCUGCUGCAAUUCAAAAUGCAUGCAAGCAGCCCAACACACCCACGUCUGUAUACACCUACACCAGCUACCUAAUAACUAUAGUUCAAAAAUAGGUGUGGUAUCAUGUGAAGCUGGUCCAAAGGCAGGGAGGGAUUAAUUAACCGUAGUAUAGACUUCGUACCGAAACUUCGGGAUUAUGAGUUGAUUACGAAACUCAUUCCUGUGUUUCCAUGGAAUUACAGAAUGCAAUGUCAGAUUUGUCUUUUUUACGUUUUUUUUUUAAUUUGCGGUACAACGUGUUAUUUCCAUGUGCUCUCUGUGACUAUAGCUGUUGUCUGCAGAUUUGUACCAUACGCGGUUUUAUAAGAAUAAAACAGAGUAACGUGUA